AUAAAAACAUUUUUUAACAGUAAACCAAAACCAAAUAUACCAAUACCUGAUACAAUAUAUCCUAAAAUAUUGAUAAUUGUCGAUUAUAAAAUAUAUAAAAAGUUCAAUGAUGAUACAAUAGUGUCAUAUUUAUUGUCAUUUUGGAAUGGAGUCGAUUUGCUUUACCGUAAAUUAAAAAAUCCAAAGUAUAAAUUAAGUAUCGCUGGAGUUGUAAUUGCUCAGGACGCAGAUGCUUUGGACUUUCUGCCGGCCUCUGGAAACAUCAAUUACGAAGUGACAUUAAAUAAAAUUAGCAAAUGGUUACAACGUAAUGUAAAUCAUAUUCCAUUUAAUAGUUACGAUACUCAUAUCGCUAUGACACCUUCACGUGAUUUCAAAUACGGAGUGCAAUCAAGUACAAUUGGACUAGCGUCAUUGUCAAGUGCUUGUCAUGGUAUAAAUACUAAUGUGCCACUAGGAGGAAUAAUUCAUGAGCCGAGUAAUUUAGCCGGUGUCUUGACGGCCGCUCAUGAAUUGGGUCAUAUAUUCGGUGCAAAUCAUGACGGAUUUUCUAAUUGCGGUAGUGGUCAUAUAAUGUAUCCAUCUGCAGGAUCAGGACCAAUGACUCAAUUUUCUGAGUGUACAAUCUCAGAAUUUCAUAACUUUCUUCGAGAUAAAGAUGCAACGUGUAUGUUCAACAAACCUGAUUAUGGUGAAUUAAAAAUAGAAAAUAUAAAUGAAAUAAAUAAUUACAAAGAACCUGCUUACACCGAUUGUAAAAAGACUGAUUUGUAUAAGACACCUGAUAAUUAUGAGAUGUUAUUGAAUUUAACAGAUUUUAAUCUUAAUAAAUUGGUACGUGUGUAUUAUGAAAAUGGUUUAUUAUAUGCAAGUCAAUGUAAUGUCCCGGAUGAUAUUAGUGAUGUGAACAAUCAAGUUAUUGGACCAGAUUUACAGUACAUUGGAUCUGAUACGGUCACUAAAUAUCUUUAUCCAUCGAAAAUAAAUCCAGAUAAAGAAAUUAUAAUCAAACACGUUAACUCAAUGAUAUAUAUUUAUCAGGGAAUAGAACCUCGCAUUGAUGUGCCUGAUGACCAUCGAAAUUUACCUAAACCUGUUACACAAAAACCUGAUCAGGUUGUCGAGGUGCCUGAUCAUAAAGCUGAAGCAGAUCAGGAUCAGAACUCAAGCAAAUCUGAGAUCCCGGAUUAUUUAUCCGAUGAGCCCGAUCCUACGCCAAACAAACCUGAUUAUACAAACAUAGAUAAUUAUAAACCACAAAAACCUGAUGAAUAUAUAUAUGGACCUGACAAAAAGACAAAGAUACCGAUAUACUAUGCAACUGAACUUGAUCAUAAUUCAGAUAUUGAUAGUGAAAAUUUAAAUAAACCAGAUUAUAAAGUUAAAAAACCUGAUAACAGGCCAAAGAAACCUGAUCAUUCUAUUGAUAAACCGGAUAAUCGUAUAGAUGAUUAUGCUAAAAAAGGUAUAAAACCAAAUUUAUAUGACCAAUCUGGUCGAAGACGUACAAAGCUGAGCUACAAUUCCGAUGAUCCUGAUAAUGAUCCAAAAACUACUAAUCACAUACCUAAAAAAUCUAAUAGCAAACCAAGAAAACCAGAUAUAUAUAAAGAACCUGAUCUUAAACCAGACUAUGAUGACCAAAGUUUCGACACCAAUGACCAGUCAUCUGAUUAUUAUGAAUCUGGUGACGAAUCAGAAGAUACGGAUUAUUCAGAAGAACCUAGUCAAACGCCACGAAAACGUUAUUAUAACUCGAAAAAACCUGAUCAGAAAACAAGAAGAUCUCGUGAUGGUCAUAAACCUGAUCACAGGCCAAUAGACACUCGUUACAAUCGUAGCAAACCCACUAGACCAGAUCGCAGACUAAGCAAACCUGAUAACUAUCAAAAUGAUGACUCUAGUGAACCUGAUCACAGGCCAGACUCGCCUGGAGAUGAUCAUGAACCCGAUCGCCGAUCGAAAACUACAAAUUACAAUCGUAACGAACUAAAUAGAUCGAGUAAUAGCAAUAAACCUAAUCACAUACCAGAUAUAUCUGAGGACCCUGAUGAACCCGAUCAUAAAUCAGACAUGCCUGAGGAGUAUUACGAACCUGAUCGCAGAUCGAAAACUACAAAUUAUAAUCGCCGCAAACCUAAUAGGCCUAAAAAUCACUAUAGACCAGAUCACAGAGUAAGCAAACCUGAUAACGAUCGAAGUGAUGACCCUAAUGAACCUGAUCACCGGCCAAAUAUGCCUGAAGAUGAUCAUGAAUCCGAUCGCCGAUCGAAAACUACAAAUUACAAUCGUAAUGAACUAAAUAGAUCGAGUAAUAGCUAUAAACCUAAUCACAUACCAGAUAUAUCUGAGGACUCUGAUGAACCCGAUCAUAAAUCAGACAUGCCUGAAGAGUAUUAUGAACCCGAUCGCAGAUCGAAAACUACAAAUUAUAAUCGCCGCAAACCUAAUAGGCCUAAAAAUCACUAUAGACCAGAUCACAGAGUAAGCAAACCUGAUAACGAUCAAAGUGAUGACCCUAAUGAACCUGAUCACCGGCCAAAUAUGCCUGAAGAUGAUCAUGAACCCGAUCGCCGAUCGAAAACUACAAAUUACAAUCGUUAUAAACCAAAUAGAUCGAGUAAUGGCUAUAAACCUAAUCACAUACCAGAUAUAUCUGAGGACUCUGAUGAACCCGAUCAUAAAUCAGACAUGCCUGAGGAGUAUUAUGAACCCGAUCGCAGAUCGAAAACUACAAAUUAUAAUCGCCGCAAACCUAAUAGGCCUAAAAAUCACUAUAGACCAGAUCACAGAGUAAGCAAACCUGAUAACGAUCAAAGUGAUGACCCUAAUGAACCUGAUCACCGGCCAAAUAUGCCUGAAGAUGAUCAUGAACCCGAUCGCCGAUCGAAAACUACAAAUUACAAUCGUUAUAAACCAAAUAGAUCGAGUAAUGGCUAUAAACCUGAUGGCAGGCUAAAUAAACCCGAUGAAGAAGAAAAAAAUAAUUCUCAUGAGCCUGAUCACAAUCGAGACAUUUUCGAAGAUGCUGAUGAACUUGAUCACAGACUAGAUAUAUCUGAGGAUUCUGAUGAAUCUGAUCGCAGACCAGAGAUAUCUGAGGAUUCUGAUGAACCUGCUCACAAAUUAAAAAAUAAAAACUACAAUCGUAGCAACCCAAACAAGCCGAGUAAUAAUAAUAAACCUGAUCACAGGUCAGACAUCUCGAAAAAUAAUUAUGAUCCCGAUCGAAAGCCAAACAGACCCGAACUGAACGAUCACCCGUCGAUCAAUCCUCCAGUUAAAGAUCUACACCGAUCAGUCCCAGAUACCAGUACUCUUUUUCUUACUCCCGAUAUGUUUAAUCCAACAAAACUAGUCGUUGUCACUCACAAAAAAAAAAGAUUAUACGUUAAGCAAAUAGAUAUUUCUCUAGACGAUGAUUAUGAUGUCUCCUCAGAGUAUAUUGAUAUUCGCGAAUCAAUACCUAAUGGACUCUCUAAAAUAUUCCACCCACGUCAAAUAAAUCCUAAUAAAUUAAUUAUUAUUAAUUACAUUAACAAUAAAACAUAUAUUAAUGUCGUCGAUCAGUGAUGUAUAGAUAAAUAUAUAUAAAUGAAAGAGGGGAGGGGGCGAAAACGGGUACUUAAGGAAAAACUAAUUUUUCGUUGGCUCAAAUACGUUAAAUCUUUUUUUUUAAUGACAUUCAAAGUAAAUAGAAAAAAAUUUUCAGCUGGUGAUGAAAAAUUUUCAUUUUUUACGAGCAAAAUGGGGUAACCCCUAAAACAGGUCAAAAUAAAAAUUUCUGGAUAUUAAAUAAAUUUGAUUGAAUUAAAUUUUCUUGUAAGGGAUUUACAUAAAGAAAAAUUACAUUUCACAUAGUUAUUGGAUGCAAAGUAAGAAAAAAAAAUUUUAAUUAAAUUAAUUAAAUUUGAAAAAUUAUAAUUAUUUUCAAGUUGAUUAUCGAAAUACAUCUGAAGUAAUUUGACACUGGGAGAUCUUUUAUUGUAAAUUGAUAAGAAAAAAAGUCAAAUUGAUUUCAUACUAUUUUUUUAACAAAAUCAAAAUUUUCGAAAACGGAAAAAAAUAUUCGAAAUAAUACUCAAUUAUAUUAACAAAGUGAUUUUGGAAUGUAAAAAUAAUUAAAAAAAAAAUUUUAUAAAAUUUUGGAA